AAACAUGAAACAAAUUAAAGAGAAAUAAUUAAAAAUAUUACAUAUGCACAAAUAAAUUACAGUGUAAACAAAGUUAAGCAGAAAUAAAUAAGAUAAAAAUAAAUGAAUUAUUUAACAAUAAAAACAAGAAAAAUAAAUUAAUUAAUAAACUUAGCAAAAGCUAUAGCAACAGAGAAAAAAAGACAAAAACAAAUCCCUCCUACUGUGUUGUGACAUACUAAACAAUUUAAUUAACUAAAGUGGAUUAAUUUGCACCUUGUUAGUCUAAUUAAGGAUUAUAAACAACAAUAGCAACAAAAAGUAUACUACAUAUACCUACAUACUUUUACAAAACAAAAAGCAAAAGCAAAAGAGAACAGAACAAUAACAUUUAGCAAGAAUGAAUAAACAAAACCCACACACACACACACACAUUUAAAAAAAUUAACAUCGAAGAGGAACUAGAGAAAACAUUUCGGAAGAAUAUUACAACAUUAUUAUAAUUAUUAACAACAACAGCAGCAACCUCAUUAUCUGCUACAUCAGCAACAUCAUUAUCCACGUUACCAGCAUCAUAGUCAUCGUCAACAAACUCCAUCGUGAAAUUACAACGAAUUAUACUCACUCUCUUGCACUCACUAUUACACAUUGCUACUCUCUUGUUUCAAAUUACAAGGAUACAAAAGUUUUAUUUUACUCAUACUGUUGCUGUGGUUUAAUUUGUUAUUGCUGUGUUUUUUAUAUUAUUGCACAUAAUAUAAAUUCAUAGAAAAGAAAUUUGUUAUAUUUUUUUAAUUUAGAAAAAAUGUAACACAGCCAACAACACGUGAAAAUAAGAAUAAAUAUAAAAUACGAGUACAAGUAAAAUAAAAAAAAAAUUAGAAAAAACUGUGAAUAAAAGUUACAACAAGCUGCAAAAAAUAUAUUUAGUACUGCAGUUGUUUAAGUGUAAUUAUAAACUAAAUUAAAAUAAAUAUUUAAAACAGCAAAAAACUAAAUUAUUCUGAAACUAAAUAAAAAGGUCAGUGGAUUUUUUUUUAAAUAAAUGUUUAGCACAAUAAAGAAGCCGACGACAAUGAUCACUUAAUGGUGAAAAGCGCACAUUCUCUAAUGAAUAACAAAAUUAUUAUUUUAUGUCGGGCAAAAAUGUUUUACAAAUGAUGCCAGAAAUUGAAUGUGACAUUGUGGCAGCCGCAGCAACAACAGAAAUGGUUAGUGGAGCAUCACAUGUACCCAUAUAUGAAACAACAGUAGUACCAAAACUAUAUAAUCCUCAUCAUCUACAACAACAGAUACAACAGCAGCAGCAGCAGCAAGAGCAGCAACAACAAUAUUAUCAACAUCAAAAUCACUAUAACAACAUUGCUAGUGGUAACUACAAGUUGCAAGAAUAUCAACAACAACAACAGCAGCAUAAAAUGGCAACAAGUUCAUAUGUGUAUCGUAGUCCUUUAACGAUACCACCCGUAGCUACACAUACAAUGUAUGAUAAUAUCAGCAGUAGCAACAGUAACAACAAUAAUUGUGGCACAAUUAACAAUAACAGCAUUAGCAGUCAUAGCAACAGCAACAAUAUGUUGGAAAACUAUAAUAACAAUUAUAAUCAUACAAUGAAUUUAGCAACAACAACUACACCUGCUAAGUCACUAAGUCACAAUAUGGCAGCAACAACACAUACUAAUGCAAUAGCUACAGCAACAGCAGCUGUAUCACCAGCAGCAACAGGUGGUUGUGGUGAUGCCAGAAAUACUAUUGCAACUACUAAUACAGCACCUAGUCCUAAUCAAUACAAUACUAAGGAAAAAUUCCAUGACAUGCAACAACAACAACAUCAACAGCAACCAAUAACGCCAACAGCGAACACAACAUUUUUACAAAAAUCUUUAGAGGCUCCCAUUAAACAAAUUAAUUACAGUAAUGGAUAUGCCAGCAGUGGAGGAGGAGGAGGAGCUGGCAAACAUAUGUCCACCCCACCGCCACCACCUAUAGCAAUCCUAGCCAAGACUCCACAACAAAGGCAAUCUCAAUCACCCAAUGUCUCCACUGAAGCCCAUUUGUUGGCUACCGAUAUGGCCACACCACCCUCGUGGCAUCCUCAUGUCUAUGGCCGUCCACCUAAUCGACCUACUCCUCAUACUAUAGCGGAUAUUCUAGGUCUACGUGAUAACCAAAAUUCCUCUUUAACCACAACACUACUCAACUCAUCGCUAAUGCAUGACACUCAAGACGAAUCUUCAAAUUCGUCCGUUACAAAUCUACCACCUGCUCCAGCUAAAUCACCAAAAAGUAUUUUACGCAACUUUCAGCAACAAUACUCAGCACAAAUCAAUCAAUACGAUCAGUCACAGCUGCGCAGUGCUUCGGUGAGUGAGACCAGCGAAGACGAUCAGCUGGCUACCAGUAUUGCUGUGGGCUCAGAGUUGACGCCGAUGGUGCCUCAAGCACCGCCAGUGUUGGAUCAACCGUUAAAUUUAUGUGUGGCUAAGAAAACUAGAGAUUCGUUGUCACCACCUCCUGCGGUCAAGCAAAAUCAAAUUUUGGGUAUAACCACCGCCGAUCGAGAGAAGACAUCGUCGUCGUCGCUGUUGGGCAAACAUUUGAAGAAAGAUUCUAGUCAAACACCUGCUAAAACUUGCGCCAAAAAGAAAAAACUCUCCUCCGCCAUAGCGCCGCCCUCGAGUGUUACACUGCCGCCCGAUGUUAGUCCCUCGGGCAGCAGUGACAGUUUGAUACGUGAACGUUUGGCUCCCUCCUCCAUGAGUACAACACCGCCUGCAGCGAAUAUGGAAACAACAGAAGAUGAUUCGGACUCGGGUUCGACGGAUGCUAGGCGCAAGAAAAAGGCGCGCACCACAUUUACGGGCCGGCAAAUUUUCGAAUUGGAAAAACAGUUUGAAAUCAAAAAGUACCUUAGUUCGAGUGAGAGAACGGAAAUGGCGAAAUUGCUAAAUGUUACUGAGACCCAGGUUAAAAUAUGGUUUCAAAAUCGUCGUACUAAAUGGAAACGGCAAGAUAAUGUAACCAACUCAGAGGCUGCCGAGGUAAAAUCGGCCAAUCAUGGUAAAGCAACAGCAACAACAUCAUCAGCAACAUCCACAUCCUCCACAACAACAGAUAACACAAAUGGAAAUGGCAAAACACCGGCAACAACAAAUGGUUCAGUAACCACAACAACAACAUCAUCAAAUGCUGAAACGAUGGUAGUGGCAACAACAAAGAAGAAUUCACAUAAUUCACCUGGCAGCAAUAGUAGCAGCAACAACAACAACAACAGCAGCAGUAACACAAACAACAAUAAUAGUAGUAGCAAUAGCAACAGCGGCAGUAAUAUUGAAAGUAAACGAAAUAUUGCAAAUGAAUUAAGUGCAAAAUUAACCGCCAAACAAGCGACAAAAAUCAAAAAACAAUUGAAUGCAAUACUAGAGAAAACCUCAAAAAACGCUGCUGGCACAAAGAACGAACACAACAGCAAUGCUACAGCAGCUGCUGGAGGAGGAGGGGGUGCAUUAAAUAUUUUCACGGCAGACAAAUCAACAUCAAACAAUACAAAGGCAUCGUAUAAUAGCACGAAUACAAAACAACAACAGACAACACAAAACAAUCAUCGUCAUCAGCACCACCACCAUCAUCAUCAAAAUCAUCACAGUCACAAUCAUCAUCGUCAUAUACCACACCAUCAUCAUGCUAUUCCAUUAACGGUAGAGCCUGCAGCACCCCUGGAACAGACUGAGAAAUUAGAAAUCAAACUCGAAGAAUCACCGCAACAUCGUGAACUGCAAUUAACAUUGCUGAGAGCAGCACAUUGUCAAAGUCCACACUAUGGUGAAAUGGAUUUUGAAAGUAAAUUGGCUGCAUCAAAAAUUUCAAAUGCUUUAGCAAUGGCCAAACUAAAUGCCAGCGAAUCUACACCAUUGACCAUUAAAGAAAAAUCCCAUAAAAGAGCUGAAAAUACUGACGAAAAAAAGUCUUCAAACAAAUUAGAAAGUACACAAAAAUUAAUUAAACCCAAAACUGAUAAAGAGGAAACUAAAUUAACAACAACUAGUUGUAAAGUGAAGGAGGAGAAUGAGCAGGAAGAUAAUUCAAUUAUGUUAUGUGAUACUCUCAAGGAUCAGCGUACGGAAGAUAAAGAUCAUCAAACGGAAUUUGAGGAUUUUAUUGAGAACAAAAAUGGAUUGACACACGACAAUGAAACAGAAGAUGCUGACAACGAUGCUGAAAUGAAAGAAAUUUAAAAUUUACUCAAAUUUAAGAAUAUUAUAUUAAAAAAGAUCUUCCAGUCAAAAAAGAAAAGUUAAAUGUGUGCCAAAAAUAUAAAGGAAAUUCAUUUAUAUAUUAAAUACAAUAAAAUAAUUAUUUAAAAACACAUAAUAUCUAAAUACAUAAAUUCAAUUUAAUACAUACUGCUAAAAAAAAAUUAAUUUGAAAUAAAGGAAGCUCAAUUAUGUUAUUUAAAAUAGACAUUAAACUUGUAAGAUAUUUUUAAUAUGUAAAUACAUGUAUGUCACUAUUUUUUAAUUUUUUUUUAACUAAAAAGAUCGAAUAAAGUAAAUUAAGUACUACAUA